AUGGAGUUCGUACAAACAUCUCCCGAAGCAAAGAUUCACCUCCAUCUGGUGAAAGAGUCAUCUAUCUCCGACUCAUCGCCUCUACUUGUCUUCCUUCAUUACUGGGGUGGCACAAGUUCGACCUGGCACAAACUCACUUCACCAGACUCGCCCACCUCGCUCAGCUCGCGCUACGCCAGCGUCUCAAUCACCAAUCGAGGAUGGGGACUGUCGACAGGACCUACCGCCGAAAACGGUGCUACGGGAAAGGAUUACUCCAUCACACCACUCGCGUCCGACCUCGCGGCUGUACUGCAGUCCCUAGCCACGAAUCAAACCACUGCAUCUAUCGUCAAAAACAACGGUAUCGUGCUCGUCGGCCACUCCAUGGGCGCCAAAGUGGCGUUGGCAGCUCACGAAAGUCUUUCAGAUGAGAUUCUACCACUUAUCAAGGGUGUGGUGCUGGUUGCACCGGCUCCACCGACACCGUUCGCCCUACCGCCCGACAUGAGCGAGCAGCAGAAACAUGCCUACGACACCACAGAAGCCGUCCAGUUUGUAAUAUCGAAUGUCCUAUCCAGCCCGGAUCUACUGACGCAAGACGACAUCGAAAUGCUGGUAAAAGACAGUCUUGCUGGAUGCGUGCUCGCAAAAGAAGGAUGGCUUGAGCAUGGGAUGCAGGAGGAUCUCAUCCCGGUCUUGGAUCGGAUUUCUAAAUUGCCAGAAACUCAAAAUGUCAAGGUUCGUGUGUUGGCGGGUGAGUUUGAUGUGGUAGAGCAAAAGGAUCGGGUGCAGAGUGAGGUUGUGCAGAACCUGGUCGCGAGAGGGUUCAAUGUCGCGUUCAGUGUUGUCAAGGGGGCGAAGCACUUGAUUCCCUUGGAGGAUCCGGCGGCAGUUGCGCGGGCUAUUGAAGAGGUUUCGGCUUGA